CUAUCGUCCAUCCAAAGACUCAAUUCAAGAUUUCAAUUCCCAGGAGAGCAGAGGAGAGGAGAGAUGAGUACUGGGGACAAGGUGGUGUGCGUGACCGGAGGGUCCGGUUACAUCGCUUCCUGGCUUGUGAAGUUGUUGCUUCAGCAUGGCUACACAGUCAAAGCGACCGUACGCAAUCCAGAUAAUCUGAAGAAGACGCAACACUUGCGAGCCCUCGAAGGUGCUAAGGAGAGAUUACAUAUAUUCAAAGCGGAUUUGCUGGAAGAAGGGUCCUUUGCCUCAGCUGUCAAUGGGUGCGAAGCUGUUUUUCAUACAGCAUCACCUGUUCUCCUCUCAGCUUCUGAUCCCCAGAGCGAAUUAGUUGAUCCCGCAGUCAGAGGGACACUAAAUGUCCUCAGAGCAUGUGCAAAGUUCCCUUCUAUCAAGAGAGUGGUCAUAACAUCCUCCAUGGCUGCAGUUGUGUACACCGGACGACCCCUGACCUCUGGUGUGGUGCUCGAUGAGACAUGGUUCUCUAAUCCGGCAAUCUGUGAGGAAUCAAAGCUCUGGUAUCAGCUUUCCAAAACCCUGGCGGAGAAGGCAGCUUGGGAUUUCACUAAUGAGAAUGGGAUCGACCUGGUCGUGAUAAAUCCAGGACAUGUGAUUGGCCCUCUCUUGCAGCCUACUGUCAAUCUCUCAGCAGAGAUUAUACCGAACCUCAUCAAUGGAGUUCAACUUCCCUUCAAGUAUUUCGCUUUUGUUGAUGUCAGGGACGUUGCACUCGUGCAUAUCCUAGCUCUUGAAAACCCGUCAGCUAGUGGCAGAUACUGUCUAGUAGGAAAAACCAUUCACCAUCACGAUGUCUUGAAGCUUUUGCGCAAGCUUUAUCCUACACUGCACCUCCCCGAAAGGUGCGAAGGCAACGGAUCUCUUGUGUCGGCUUAUAGGGUAUCAAGGGAAAAAGUGGAAGGCUUGGGCGCUACGUUUACUCCUUUGGAAGUCAGUGUUCGAGACAACAUCGAAAGCCUCAUGGAGAAAGGCUUCCCCCUAGUUUGAGCUUGGAGAAAGGGAAAUGCCACAGCUACAUCAGUAUACACUUGCUGUGGACUUCAAAGCCAUGUGAUAAGGUUUCUAAUGAAGCAUCGUACUCCUCUUUAAUUUUGCACUCUUUUGAUAGAGUGCAAAACAAUGUACCACUCGCUUCUUGAUUAAAGUCUGCCAUCUCUAAACUUGAAAACUGACAGAUGUUAAACAUUUUGUUGCACCAAUGUUUUGCAAUACCUGGUCAUUUC